AUGUCUGAAGCACCGCGCAUCGAGCUGAACACGGGCUCGAUUGAUCUCGACCCUACCACCCCUUCCCACCAGUACCAGCAGCCCAACGGCAACUCGAACCUGCAGAGCAGUGCCAUCAACGCAAAGAACAGCAUCUUGGAGAGUGAGUCUUAUCUGCACCUCGCACACCACCACGUUUCCUUUACUCACAACCAAAAAGCAGCACAGCACGCCAUGUCGGCCGCAAAUAACCACCCAGCGGUGCAAAACACAAAGGAUACUGUCCUGAACGGUCCCGUAGCACAGAACGUCAAGGCAGAGGGUGCAAAGACGCGCGAUGAGUUUGCCGACCUCGCAAAUGCUCGCACCAUCCCAGAUCACAAGGCGGCCACUGGCCAGAACCUCACCCACUACCACAGCAUGUUCUACCGCCUCUUGAGCUGGAAAAACCCCCGCGCGACCGGUAUCGCAUUCGCCCUCACUGUCGUCUUCAUCUUCGCCGCACGAUACCUGAACCUGAUCCGCUACAUCUUCAAGGCCUCCUACGUGACGCUCGGUGCUACUGCUGCUGCCGAGAUCCUUGGACAAGUGGCUUUCGGCCGGGGUCUUACCUCCCAGUUCAGGCCACGACAGUACUUCACCAUCCCCAAGGCCUCGCUUGAGCGCCUGACGGAUGAUGUCGAGCAGUUCAUCAACUUCUUCGUCAUUGAGUCUCAGCGGAUCGUCUUCGCCGAGAAUGUCUAUGUCACGGUUGCUGCUUUCUUCGCAUCGUUGACCUCCUACUUCCUCAUCAAGUUUGUGCCUCUUUGGGGCUUGAGCUUGAUCGCGACCUUCGUCACCUACCUCGGCCCCCUUAUCUACAUCCAGAACAAAGAGGCCAUCGACGCUCAGCUCGAGAAGGGUUACCACAUUGCCAACCAGCAGGCUAAGCAGGUCAAGGAUCUUGCCAACCAACAUGCCGGAAAUGCCGUCAAGACUGUCCAGGGCUACACUCAGCAGGCCACCACCAAGGCUCAGGAGACGGUCAACCAGUAUCGUGGACGCUCCACCUCCCCAGAGGUUAAGGUCAAGAAGGAGGACUUCCCCGCUGCUCCCAGGCAUGAUCUUGGUGCUGAGACGCUGAACGAGGAGACUAUUGCCUCCAAGCCCGUCGCCCCGUUGGCCUUGUAA